GUAUCGGAAGUCCAAGCCGAUAUCAAGACAGCAUUAGAUACAUGCAAAAUUCUGUGGCAUGUAGCAGAAUAAAACUAAAGCUAGACUUGAAACCGUAUUAUUCCUUUUCCUGGAGAAAAUGUCCGCUAUAAUUCCUCGCAUCGAGCAGCUUUCUUGUCGAGUUCUGCGUGUUCUGGGCUGUAACCCUGGACCCAUGACACUACAGGGAACCAACACGUACCUGGUCGGGACUGGGAGAAGGCGUGUGUUAAUAGACACCGGUGAACCUUCUGUACCUGAGUACAUCUCUAAUCUGAAGCAAGCUCUGGGCCAGAGUGAGUCCUCCAUCCAGGAGAUCCUUGUCACACACUGGCACCAUGACCACACAGGAGGAGUUCCUGACAUCCUUACAGACAUACACUCAGAUUUGCAGGUGAGUAAACUCCCUCGUUCUCCUCCACAGCCAGAGGCAAUUGGACAAGAGAAGAAAAAAUACACAUACCUUAAGGAUGGAGAUGUUAUAAAGACAGAGGGAGCCACGUUACGGGUCUUAUUCACCCCAGGACACACCGAUGACCACAUGGCUCUGUAUCUGGAGGAGGAGGGAGCGGUGUUCUCGGGAGACUGCAUUCUGGGUGAAGGAACAGCUGUGUUUGAGGACCUACAUGAUUAUAUGCUCUCACUUCAGAAACUGCUUGACAUCAAUGCAGACAUUAUCUAUCCAGGUCAUGGCCCUGUGGUGUUAAGUGCAUGCAGUAAGAUUCAGGAGUACAUCUCCCAUCGCAUCAACCGUGAGCAGCAAAUUCAGGCCGUGCUGAGAGACAACCCUGGAGCUACCUUCAGUUCCUCUGCCUUGGUUAAACUGGUGUACAAGGACACCCCUGAGCACUUACAUAGAGCUGCUGAAAUCAACCUGGUUCAUCACUUAAAAAAACUACAGAAGGAGGGAGCGGUCUGCUUGAUUGGAGAGCCAGGAAAGUGGAAGAGCAACUUGUGACCACCAACAUAACAAACAUUCACAGUUAAAAACACAAAUUGGGGUCCUCCUUGGUCUCCUGCCAUAGCGUUUCAUUUCAUUCAAAUGUCGACGGAUAGUUCGCGCUGACCCUAAUGCACCCUGAGCCUGUAGGACAGCUUGAAUUUUUUUGGAACUUGUUUGGGGCUGCUUAUCCACCAUCCCGACUAUCCUGCGUUGCAACCUUUCAUCUUUCAUUUUUCUCUUCCGUCCACGUCCAGUGAGAUUAGCUACAGUGCUACGGGUUGCAAACUUCUUGAUCAUGUUGUGCACUGUGGACAAAGGAACAUCUAGAUCUCUGGAGAUGGACUUUUAACCUUGAGAUUGUUGAUAUUUUUCCACAAUUUUGGUUCUCAAGUCCUCAGACAGUUUUCUUUUCCUAUUUCUGUUCUCCAUGCUUCGUGUGGCACACACAGACAAACAAUGCAAAGACUGAGUCAACAUCUCUCCUUUUUAUCUGCUUGCAGGUGUGAUUUUUAUAUUGCCUGCACCUGUUACUUGCCCCAGAUGAAUUUACAGAAGCAUCACAUGCUUGAAUCAAACUUAUUUAUCCACAAUUUUGAAAGAGUGCCAAUAAUUUUUUC